GUCGCCAAAGUCCUUGCCGAGGCGCAGCUCGGUGUGCAUGGCCGGCUUGCGGGAGAGGACGCUGAGGGAUGGGGCAGUGAGCGCUAGCUUGGUGAUGAUGGUCUGUGUGCCGAGGAAGGGGCUGAUGUGCCGCUGAAGCAUGACUCGGGCAGUGUGGGCAACGACUGACACACCUGACACACACGCAGGACAGGGCAACCACGGCAUGUGAUUGAUACGUUUCCUUGCCAGCACCUCAAGUGAGUGAAGGUCUGUGGUGUGGUGUCUGUACCGGCGUCGCAUGGGUGUUGGCUUCUCGGCUGCUCAUCUCGUUGGUCCCUUCCGUCGUUUGAUGCGACGAGGUGAAGCUCGAAGGCCUUGUCGCCGGCACCGUCCGCACAUCCGGCAGUGACACUGAUCGGGAGAGCGGUCUGUCAAGAUACCAGUGGGAGAAUCUAUCCAUCACUAUCAUCGCCGCACACUGCGAGCAAGCACAGACACACACAGACGAUACGAUCACAUGGGUGCGGUGCCCACGUGUGUGUGUGUAUCAGGGUCGGCCGGUGUGUGGUCCCACCUGCUUUAUGUAUUGGGCAUGAGAUGCAUGACCCUCAUUGUGUGCGGACGCAUCGCCUUAAUGGCUGCAUCAUACACAUGACAGAAGACGACUGUGUGUGGCCAUCCAGCAGUCGUCAUGUCGCUCACCUCUGUCGGUCCUCAGCGAUGGCGAUGGGCUCUCAGCCAGACUAAAGUACCGCCAAGAAGAGACACCUGCGGGCAGGAAGGCACAUGGGCAGCGGCAGACACACAUAUGGAGCACGGUGCAUAAACCACACAAUGUCAUGCCGCAUCCACCAGUCAGCAUGCACCCCAUGCACCGGCCUGUCUG